UAGACAAAGAAAGAAACACGUAUUUUCAUGUCCCUCACAUUGGUUAUUUCCUUAAUGCCCCAAAAUGGUAAUUCUGAGCAAACCAGUGGUCCGGCGGCUAGCCCUGCACCGCUGGCCGGUGAACACAAAAGCCAACAUCAGCGGUACAUUGACUCUCUGCCCAAAAACGUGACAGAGUUUCUGGACAAUUGCACAGACCACAUGGUGCUGGAAUGUGCGGAGGAGGUAAUCAAUGCGAUAUUGUUGAUGGGCUCCAUUUCCGAUGCUUGUUGCACCGAUCUGGUGAGCAUGGGUGUUGAGUGCCACACUUCAUUGGUUAAACUCUUUGUCAACUCGCCUCUUCAUAAGGCCAAUGCUCCCACUAUCAUCGCUAAUAGUCAACGGAUCUUCGACGACUGUACCAUAGUCGAUAGGAAGUGUCGCUAUGGGAACACACAAUAAGAAAAGUCAAUAUGAAUACUACAAAUCUUUCUUACAACGUGAAAGUGUUCGAUCCGGGGAAUACAAAAAUUCACAACAUUGCAAAGUUUUAAGUGACGCACCAAUAUCUUAUAUGACGUCUAAAACGUUACUUCUUCUGUCAAAAGGCAAUCCCACUAGAGCAUUUCUUACUCCGUGACAAAAAAAUUCACCUUCGAAUUUAUCAUUCGAUAUUGUAUAUCAAUUUGUACCUUUUUGAGUUGAUAUAUCACGAUACUACUCCGCAAUACUGUGCACAUUAU